UAGUAGAGAAAAAAGGAAGAGAACACGUUUAGAAGUUCAAACAUCCAAAUUAAUAAAAGUUCCAGGAAGGGAGAAAAAAAAAAAAUGGGGGAGGGAGGAAAUCAUGAAUGAAAUCAUCUAAAAUUUUUUCCCGAAUUGAAGGAAACAAGUGUCCAGAUUGCAAGGGCCAACUGAGUGUCCAGCACAAUGGAUAAAAAUAAAUCCAUUAUCAACACAUCACUAACAUUUCAAAAUCUUCAUGGAGAAGAUUCUGUAAGUUUCUGGGGAGAGAGAGAAAAAAUACAUCAUAUACAGAGGAUCACUUAGCAGGACUGCUUUGAACUUCUUAAUAGCAAUGGUAAAAGCAAACAGAUGAGCAACUACUUCAAAAUGUUGAAAAGAAAAUUAUUUCCAGCUUUCAAUUCUAUACUCAGACAAGCUAUCAAACAAAUAGAGGGAGCCAGCCAUUUUUAGACAUCCAGGGUCUCAUUUACCUUCCAUGUACCGUUUUCAAGAAGUUAGGAUGUGCUCCGCAGAAACAAAAAUAAAACCAGGAAAUUGAACACUUUGGAAUGUAGAAAAUGGGAUGAUCAACAUAGAGGAUAGGCAAAAGGAAUUUCUGGGAGCCCCUGGUCAAGUAGGAUUCCAGCACAACAGUUGUGCUUCUUGAUGUAGAGAGCAGUCAGUCCAGAGUCAAGCAGCAUGACUCACAUUGAUGGCUGUUACCAGCAAGAUCCCUGCUGCCAUUGUACCAUCUUUUUAACGUGAGGACAUUAUGCCCAGGCAAGCCUGGCUCAGAUUCUUACCGGUAUUUGCCUUGUCUUGGCCAUGUGGUAAUGAAAUUCCUGCUCUCUUCUGUGCUAUGCUGACUGGACCAACUGAGGACACUCAUUUUUACCCUUCUUUUUCAACCUAUUCCUGAAAGCUGAUGUUGGGCGUUGGUGAGCUUAAAGCAGAAAAUAGUCUUCCUCCUUCCCAUUUUUGCUAUGUAUUGGCCAGAAAUCAGGUAUCAAUUCUACACUUUCAUCUUUCCACAUGCUUCAGUUGUGAGGAGCCCAGUAUUCAUUCAUGACGUUGCAAAUUAACUUCUCCAGAAGGGAUCCAUAAAGCCUGGAGAAGGUAUGUUAUGCAUAAAAGUGGAUAAUUUACAUGAUAAAUGAAAAUGGCCAAUUCUUUAAGAGGAGAAGUACUAAAACUUUAUAAAAAUCUGCUGUAUCUUGGACGAGACUAUCCAAAAGGAGCAGACUAUUUUAAAAAGCGUUUGAAGAACAUUUUCCUUAAAAACAAAGAUGUGAAGAAUCCAGAGAAGAUCAAAGAACUUAUUGCACAGGGCGAAUUUGUAAUGAAAGAGCUAGAAGCCUUGUACUUCCUUAGGAAGUACAGAGCUAUGAAACAACGCUAUUAUUCAGAUACCAACAAAACUAAUUGAUCAAUGCUACCUUAAUUUAGCUGACAAUCAGUGCCAGCUGUUUAUGUAUACCAGAUGUUGUAAAAUAAUUCUAACUUAAAAUGGGAAGAUAUACAUGUUGUGUAAAAAAUCCCUGAGCUGCCCUACUGAACUAAAUAGGUUUCAACUUCUGUUCAUACUGAGAAAUUAUCAGCAACUUUAUGCUCAAUUCUGAUACAAACAUAGCAAUUUAGCUAUACUACCGAUUAUAAAUUAAUGAGCACCUAGUUUUGAAUGAAAAUAUAAUAUACUUAAUCCUGUAACUUAAUAGGACUUAGCCAAUUACUUUUAGCUUAUUUCUCCAUUUUACUGACAAGAGAAUGCCAUUUACCGAACAUUUAAUAAGCAAAAUAAUUUCUUACACACUUACUUAACUUUUGAAAGGAAUCCCUUAUUUUUUCACCCAAUUUGGUGUAUUAACAGCACAUACUCAAGGUUCACUACAAAACAGUUCCUGGUAAUGAUUUAAAUGUAGUUAUAGAAAUAAUAUGUAUGGAGUGAUUACUUCUGACCUUGAAAUAGCCUGCUGGUGACUGGCAUUACAUACAUAACUAUUCAAUUAUUUCCAUUAUUAAUGUUGCUGCUGCUACCUUUGGGCUUAAAACCAAGUCACCUGUUGUGUAUCAAUUACCUUCUUUGAUAAAAGGAAAUAAAUAAUGUUAUCCUA